UCGCGUACAGAUGUCCAGGACAUGUUAGAUGACGCACAGAUCGACGCUGGAUAUCUAUAUACAAAUAUUCCGUUUUUGCGAGACCAGCUCCAGCAUCUCCUUUGGGAAGCCAUUGGAGAGAGCAAUGGCCGCCAUGUUGACCCAAUGGAACUACUACAUCGCACACUGUUCAAUGAGCGGACUAUCCUAGAUGCUUACAACAAGCAUCGAUUGGGAAAUGCUGUGACUCCCUUCAAUGCGCGGGUUCUUGAUCCAGAGAACGCUGUAGAAUACAUUGCAGAAGAGAACAUACCUGAGGUGCUUGGAUGGUUUCCACUGCGAGCCACAGUAUCGAAGCGCGACGUAGACAUCCAGGCACUGCCCAUUUACCAAGUCGGACAAACUACAAAAGCUGACCAGAGAUACACGAUGGAGCGCAGCUCAUCAGAGACGUUGACACUGUCCAAUCGCACUCCGCAGAAGACAGCUAACAGCGAGUCAUCAACCACAUGGACACCAUCCACAUGCUCUGUAUCCCUCAACUACAACAAGCUCCGGAACGCGCCAUCUCCCUGGCUCCCAUUCCCCUCAGGCAACCUAACCAUGGCAGAAGUCACAGCCUUCCUCCCCCAAUCCAUCAAGUCCUUCGACAUCAUCGACCGCUUCAUCUCCAACGGCGCCCUAGCUAUGACCCUCGCAAGCAUGAUAAACCACUACCGCGUCAUGCCCGCCGGCCCCAUCGAAAACAACACCAUCUACCGCAUGAUGAAGGGCCAAAUGAACAUCCGCGCGAAAACCGAUCCAUCCUACAAAGCCUGGACCGUCACCAAACACGCCGACAUCAAGAAACCCUCCACCUUCAACCCGUCCAGCGUCAGUGUAUCGAACUUCCACACCCCAGGGAAUCUGAUGUCUUCUCCACAGUCUCCCCAGAAAAUCUUAUUCCGCGACUUGACCACUGGCGUUAAGGUCAUGCCUUCCGGUCCCGACGCCCUGGAUCUAACACGCUGUAUCCAGUACUGCGUCGACCAUGAAGAAGAAGAUUGGUUCUACCCCACUGACUUCGCAGCCCUCAUCCAGCACAUCGGUGGCUCCGCCCCAGUACAUCGCGAACACAGUGACGCCGCGGCUAUCGCUAGACACUCUGCUAGGCUGAAGCUGACAAAGGCGCGGCGUGCUCCACUUGGGCGUGGUAGUCAUGCUCGCACAGUUAAGCAGAAGAAAGCUGUACUUGAGGAGGAGUCUGAAGAAGAAGAAGAAGAAGAAGAAGAAGAAGAAGAAGAAGAAGAGUCGGUGGAAUACACCUCUUCCCCGUCCUCCUUCUCCUCCAAAGAUGCAGAUGCAGAUGCAGAUGGAGAUGGUAAUGGCGAUACCAUCGACGUCCCCACACCCACCCCUUCCCACACAAAGCGCAAAACCGCCACUUCAUCCUCAGACGCAUCGUCGCCGCCAUCACCAAAGUGUUACCGGAAAACCGCCACGCGGUCUCGCGCCCCCAAGCCAGUAGAGGAAGAAGAGCAAGAGCAAAGUGAUAGCGAUGUCUAUGUAGGCCCGAAGACGAAGACGAGGAAAACGGCAAGUGUGGCGACGAGGAGUUCGGGACGGACGAAAAAGUUUGGGGGGUCUUAUUGUGUU